UUAACAAAUAUAGCAUGGUGGAUAGUGUGUGUGUCUUGGGGCACAAGGACAUGUUCACAAAGUCUCAUCAAUUUUUGCUAUUAACAAUCUCCAAAUUUCACACCCGUUUCUGCUUUCUCUCUCGGUGUUUUUCUGAAGAAAAUUUCAGUUAACUGUUUUUUGGGGUUGAUAGAUUCAUUGAUGUAAAGGGCGAGACAUGGGAAGACUUUUCUUGAUCAACCUUGAAGGAUACAUCUAUAGCUGCAAGUUUUGCCACACACAUUUUGCCCGUGUUGAUGAUAUCAUUUCCAAGUCUUUCCAUUGCAGGUAUGGGAAGGCUUAUCUUUUUGACAAAGUUGUGAAUGUCAUCGAUGGAGAGAUAGAAGAGCGGAUGAUGAUCACUGGAUUGCAUACUGUUGUCGACAUAUUCUGUGUAUCGUGUGGGUCCAUUGUUGGAUGGAAAUAUAUGUUUGCUUAUGAGAGGACUCAAAAGUACAAAGAAGGAAAGUUUAUCCUUGAAAGGUUUAAGGUGUUGGGGCCAGAUGGCAGCCUUUACAUGGCUGCUCCACAAGAUGAUGCAGAAGAUGCUUGAUUUGCUCAUUUCAGAUUUCAUUUUGAAUUUGAGACGCAAAGUAAAGUGGGGAACCUGUAUAAAUUUCAAUUAAUAAUAGAGUAUGUUGUGAAGAUUGUUACAUAAUUUGUUGCUAGUGCUUCUUCUAAUUGAUUGUCUCACAAUUGUACGGGUAGAGUGAUAAAACAACUGAGUAACAAGGGUGUAUUGUAAAUCCGCAGUAUUUAAUUUUAUUUUGACGGCACAUAAAAUUAAAUCUACAUUUUUAA